GUUUGCCACCAAUAUUUCCUAACCUCAUACUACUAUAUACCAUAACAAUUCAAGAAAACAAACAACGAUGGAUACUCAUCAACGUCCUCUCAUCCUCCUCACCACCUUCCUCCUCCUCCUCCUCCACCACCCCACCUCCACCCAUUCCCUCACUGACCCCACCACCUACUCCACCCCGGCCGCCGCUCCCACCACCACCUCGGCUCCCACUCCCCCUGCCACCACCACCACUUACCCCACCAAUAAAGACACCGAAUUCAUCCGUUCAAGCUGUGCAUCCACCCGGUACCCCGACGAAUGCUACAACUCCCUCUCGGGCUACGCCAGCGCCGUACAACAAAACCCUGCUCGGCUAGCGCGUGUAGCCAUAGCCGUGAGCCUCUCCAGAGCCAGACUGGAAGCCACUUACUUCUCGAACUUAUCGAAAGAAGCAGACUACGGGGCCGACCAUCGAGUCUCAGCCGCUAUUCACGACUGCUUCUCCACCUUCAGCGACGCUGUGGACCAGGUUCGCGGCUCGCUCAACCAGAUGCGCCACCUCGUCCCGGCUGGCUCCAGCGAGACGUUUAGGUUUCAGAUGAGUAACGUUCAGACGUGGAUGAGUGCUGCCUUGACGAAUGAGGACACGUGUACGGAUGGAUUUGAUGGGGUUUCUGAUGGGCCCACGAAGAAGGACGUCUUUGAUCGUGUUCAUAGAGCUGAGGCUGUUACCAGCAACGCGCUGGCUUUGGUCAAUAGUUAUGCCAAUACAGUUGCAGCAGAUUCGAACUUCCCGUGAGAAUUUACUCUAGUGGAGUAAGAAAAAAAAAUUAUGUGAAAGGACUGACUUUUUAUUUAUAGGUUUUUUAUAUGCAGAAAAUUAGGGGUGAGUGAAUUAUUCUUGGUUUGUGAGCUGAUUAAAAAGUGAGUUAGCUGUAUAUUAUUUGCAUGUAAGUGUAGUAAUGCUAUAGUAUGAGUUUGUGGGAUUUUGUUGUUAUCUUAUAAAAGUAAUAAAAGUGUUGGUCAUAGAAAUUUGACUUGA